CCUGUCGUGACGUCGUCUCAGGACCGACAGGUUUGUGUGUACAUUCAGGGUGAGGAUGUGUACACUCAAACGUUGUAUCAUUCCAAGAGCAAACUUUUACUCUUAACGUCUCAUUUGACUUUUCAUACAGUCCACUUAUGUGUGUGUGUGAGUGUGUGUAAGUGUGUUCACCUGAAGGUGUGUCCUGUGGGUUUCUCUGCGAGUUCCUGUGUAUUUACGAAAGUAUGCAAAGUAGACGAGGGCUUGUUUGGCUUGCAAAAUAGAACUUACUUGGAGUCUGGUGCAAGGAAAAGACAACAAGCUCAGGAUUCCAAGCUUUGCUGACAUCUCCACUGGUCUCCACUGGUGACGCCUAGGACCACCAAUCACCAUGGGUGAAAUGGAGCAACUGAGAAAGGAGGCAGAAAGCCUCAAAGACCAGAUCAAUGCAGCUCGUAAGGCUGUACAGGACACCACCCUGCAGGAGGCAGCAGCUGGGGUUGCUGUGGUGGGACGAGUCCAAAUGAAGACCAGGAAAACUCUACGGGGCCACCUCGCCAAGAUCUACGCCAUGCACUGGGCCACUGAUUCAAAAUUGUGCGUCAGCGCCUCACAAGAUGGAAAACUCAUCGUGUGGGACAGUGUCACAACCAACAAGGUGAAUGCCAUCCCCCUGAAGUCAUCCUGGGUGAUGACUUGUGCCUACGCACCUUCAGGRAACCUGGUUGCCUGUGGGGGUCUGGACAACAUGUGCUCCAUCUACAACCUGAAGGGCAAGGAUGGGAAUGUCAAGGUGAUGCGUGAGCUGGCUGCACACACAGGUUACCUGUCCUGCUGUCGUUUCAUCAGUGACACUGAGAUCAUCACCAGCUCUGGCGACUGCACUUGCAUACUGUGGGACAUCGAGACGGGGACCCAAAAGACUGUGUAUGCCGGACACCAAGGAGACUGCAUGUCCCUGGCCGUGUCCCCAGACUUCAAUUUCUUCAUCUCAGGGGCGUGCGACUUCACGUCCAAGCUGUGGGACAUCAGGGAGGGCACGUGCAGACAGACCUUCCCAGGCCAUGAGAGCGACGUCAAUGCCAUCGGGUUCUUCCCCAACGGUAACGCCGUGAUAACAGGGUCUGAUGACACCACCUGCAAACUGUUUGACCUGCGGGCCGACCAGGAGCUCAUCACCUACCAGGACUCCAGCGUCAUGUGCGGGGUGACCUCCUUGGCCCCGUCUCUGUCUGGGCGAUUGAUCCUGGCUGGUUACGAUGACUUCAACGUCAACAUCUGGGACGCCCUCAAAGCUGAGAGAGUGGGUGUUCUGGCCGGCCACGAUAACAGAGUGAGCUGCAUCGGUGUGUCCGCAGAUGGGAUGGCGUGUUGCACGGGAUCAUGGGACAGCUUCCUCAAAAUAUGGAACUGAGGCUGUUUCCUCAGCAGCGAGCAGACAUAAAGAGCAGACAUAUGCUUUGCAAAAAAAAGUGAAGAUUUGAUAAUAAAAUUGUUAGAGAGAGGAAGGAGGAGCCACAUAGGGUGAGAAGAGGGAGUUUUGACCGUGCCAAGUCCUGCCUGCUGGUGGUUGGAGAAGGACUGUAACGCAAAGGUUUUCUCUUCUCACAUUAUGGGGUUAAAACAAAGAAGUGGGGGAUCAAGAAAAGAAUAUUCCUAAAUAGUUAAUCUGUGGUUUGAACAGAUAAAAGAUGCACAUUUAUUGCAGCAAUUAAAAAAUAAAUCACCCAUUAAUAACAGUUGCCAAAUGGAAAAGGUAGCACACUGGAUGAAACAGAACUGCAGGCUGUAGAGACGCAGACUAUCUAUUUUGUAUAAAAUAUUAGGUUGUGUCAUCAAUAAUCAGAGCGUUCACAAUAUUUCAGACUAAUUUGUUCCUUGCUUUUGUAGAUUUCCUAGAAACCUGAACCUUCAUUAUACUUUUUUGUUUUCUAAUUUACUAGAGUUUUAGUUUGCAGAUGUUAGUGUUUGUUUUGUAUGUGGUUGAUGGACGUAGAUCAGGAUCUGGGAUCAUAAUUGGGCUUAAUCCCUCAGUAGUUGGGACUGGAAAGUGCUUAAAGUGACAGAUGGGAUAGUUAAAAGAUCACAUAUGGGUCACCAAGCGCUUAGAAAAAGAUGAGCAUUGUCUCAAAGAAAAGACCUCUGCAUGAACGUCACAUGAACAGAACAUUUAAAUAGCUGCUUUUCCCCACAGGUGAAACUGAAGGACAGUUUGUGUACAUAGAGCAAAAAGAAAACGAUGAAAUGCAUCUUUUCUUAAACUUGAUUCACAUUGUACAAAGUAAAACAUUCAUAUCUAAUAAACAAGUUUCUGCUUUG